GAGUGAUCAUGCUAUUAAAUGCACCCACUAUGGCUGCGUUCGACAUUUUUUGCCAUUACUGAAAAACUAUAGUUUACAUCACGUACACUAUAGAUUUUUACUACUGAUGGCAACUAUAACCUGUAAUCUGCGUGAUUUUAUGUUAUUAUUUAUAUGUGACCAAGAUAUUUUAUACUUCAAUAAGAUGAGAUGUAACAUGAUAUCUGCUUGAGAGGCGUCAAAUUAAUUACAGAUAUAGCAGUCUUUGAAGUGACACUUAAUUAUUUUUCAUUGCUGACUCUUAUCAUUCAAAAAUAUGUCGGGAAAAGGAAAGCAGAGUUCUAAAAAGGCUGUUGUCAAGGUACGCGAAUCUGGAAAGACUGCACAGUCUUCGUUAGUAAACACCGACACAAAUUCCGAGACACCAGAGCCAACGACGUCUCAGGCAAUUUUAAAAAUUGUUGACAAUAGUCGACACCUGCCAAAAUACACCAACAUCCUGAAACGUACAGCGGAAGAGGGUGUGGGUAUGGAAGAUCUUGACACACUACAAUUGGAACUAGAGACGCUCUUGUCGGCGGUAGUUGUACGGCAUCGCACUCUUCAAGAUGAGAUCGCCAACUUGUCAUCGGUGGAAGAACGUAGAGACAGAAGAUCAAAAAGUGGAAAAAGCGUGCCUCUAAUUAAUAAGAAAGUGCGCGAAGAAAAAAUUAAACCAAAAGAGGUAAACACUAAAAGUCAGCCGCCUUUGUACACAAAACUCUAUACGCAAAGAGCAGUAAGAAGUUCAGCCAGUCAGGUAACAUCAAACAUACAUGAAGCUGCGAGGAUAGAAGGGUCUAAAUCAGAUGUGCCAAAGCUGCUUUUACCGAAAAACGAUACACCCAACAAGUUCUGGGCAUCAGUGGAUCCUUAUUGCACCGACAUUAUGCCUGAUGAUAUUAAAUUGUUGGAAGAACUGAUUGCUACGCAUGGUGAUAUAAGCGAUUUUAAGAAGAUCCCACCUCUGGGCCGUCAUUAUAGUUUAAUGUGGGCGUACAACGAUUUGUCGCAAGAGGAAGAGGCGGCCAAUCCAAACAGGGAGAAAAGGAAAAAUCGUACAGAUAUGUCUCACUUGAUAGCCAAAGGCGAUAAGAAAACUAAUGGUAUCGCAGGACCUCUCACUCAGCGACUGGUCUCUGCACUAAUGGAGCAGGGGUAUGUCGGGAAUAAUAAUACAGAGAAUAAAUUAUUCCGAGAUAGGGACUCACCCGUUUUGAGAGGUCUGACUGUUCAGAACUCCAUUAAUUUGGAAUCACAAAUGCUCAAAGAAUUAGUCGAGCAGGGAAUCUUGGAACCUGAUGCACAGAAAAAGAAUCAAGAUGAUGAUGAGAUUCUUGCAGAGAUUAAAAGAUGUCAACAGGAACUUUCUGCAUUAUCUAAUCACAAUGUCAUGCAGCUAAAGAGAUUGUUAAAUUUAGCCCAAGAGGAAAGUAAAAGGCAAGCGUUGAAACGGAAAAUUAGUAUUGCCGAUAACGAGGUGGUAGAGCAUUAUAAAAAAUUGACUAAAACCAAACAAAAUAAAGAAUCUUUAACGAGAAAGGAUCAGGAGAAAGCAUGGGCAUGUCUGCGGGAAAGAGAAAAUUUAUUGGAACAAUUAAAUGCUACCAAAUAAUUUAGUAGAAUCUAGGUUUUAUACAGCAAGAUUAAGCUUAAGAAUAAUUCUUAAACACACACACACUCACACAAACACACAUAGUACAAUCACAUUAUAAUAUAGAUUUAAAAAUUCUUAAUCUGUCAUAUGAAAUAUUCAUCAUGUGUGAGAUAGUCAGAUAAUAUGAUAAUAUAUACUUGUAUUAUCAGAAUAUAUACAUUCUUAAUUCUUUAUAUUAAAAA